AUGGCCUCCUACACCGUUGCUCGCAGGCCCGAGUCGGCGUCUUUGUCACCUGUUAACGAAGAAGGAAAUGACGGUAACGACGACAUAAUGACUGGUUCGAGAGAUACAGGAAAGCAGCCAGCCCGCCCAGUCGAUGAGCGCACCCCUCUUUUCUCUUCCUCUGAGCGAGAGGCCAUGCGUCGGGACAUGUCUGACGAUGACUCGAGCUACGAUACCAUCCCUCUCCCUGACAUGACUUACUCCCAAGUCAUGAGGUCCUUUUCCCUUGUUCCCCUAACUUGUAUUUGGGUCUUGAUCGGACUCGGAUGUCUCAUCAGCUUUGCUUGGGCUCCUUGUCCGGACGAUCCUCAUUGGAACCCAAGAUAUCCAUACAAACCAAAUGUCCGAGCCUUCCUUGUCGGCGCUGCUGGGUGGAUAGUCGCGUAUGCAUGCAGAGGGCCCCUGUAUUUUAUCGUCACUUUUGGUGGCCGAUGGGCCUCGCUUACGAGCGUACUUCUUGCCUCGUUCCUUUCUGUUGGGGUCCAAGAAAUACUAAGACUCGGCGUGCUAAUGUUACUCAAUAUCCACCUACACGCAUGGCACGGUCAUCCCCACUGGAUUCCACACCCGAUUCCACAAGACCGGGCAUUCCGGGACGUAUGGUGGGUUGCGAUGGGCUGGAUGACCAGCGAGGCAACACUCAGCGUCUUCCAAGGCUACGACCAGCUAGCACUCUAUAAAGAACUGUUCGAUGCCCGCGAUCAAGAUGAGGAAAGGCUGAAGGACAACAAUGCCAACGGCCUCCACUAUGGCUCAGUUGCCUCCAGAUCUGCCCCGUUAGGAACACCAGAUGACGACAUUAAACGUGGUACGACUGUGUCGCCUCCAGACACAUCUUACGAAGAGGAGUUCGCGCAGAGCAUCCAAUUCAGAGAUAGAGAGGCACUUGAACUCGUUUAUGGUGUUCCCUUGCCAAACAUUCCAGUUUUCAUCUCUUGUCUCCAACGUGUUGAUGCGCAGAUCCUAUCUCUAGGGCUCACCCUUCUCAUCUCUAUCGCCUAUGUUUCUACGGAUCGCCCACUUGAAAUCCGCACCCUCAUCUUUGGACUCGUAGUUCUCCUGCAUUCGCUACUAACGGUAGUUUGGGCAGAGUUGCUCCCGCGAGUCGGUAUCCAUAUCACGCUUGCCAUGGCCAAGUCAACAACUCUUUCGACUUCUGCUGUAAAAGCACAACUCAAUUUCAAUAAUCUGAAGACAUUGGUGUUUGCCUACUUUAUUGCGACCCACUGCAUAAAGUCCUACAGACAUCUCCGAGCCAGAGGUCUUAUCGCAACAAUAUUAGAACUAUGGGAGCUGGUGGCCAAGAGGGUUUUGACUCUGGCACUUCGAUUACCGGCAGCUCAGCGCAAAGUUGAGACGGAAAUGGCCAAGGCUAAGAAGGACAUCGAAGGAAAGCUUGUUAAAUCUGGACCCAAUAUUGUUCGGCAUCUUGCUCUUCCGGUGCAAGGUCGGACCAUGGAAUGGAUUGAUGCGGAAAUGGCCAGGAUGGACACAGAAUGUGGCGGUGGAGAUACGUGGAAACAAGGAAAGCUUUCUGGGGCGGUAUACCAUGGCGGAGAUGAUAUGGAGGAAAUUAUUGUCAAUGCGUUUAAACGAUAUGUUGUUAGCAACCCAUUACAUCCUGACGUUUUCCCUGCUAUUCGAAAGAUGGAGGCAGAAGUCGUUGCUAUGUGUCUCAGGAUGUACAAUCACCCCAAUGGGGCCGGUACCACCACUUCAGGAGGUACCGAAUCUAUUCUCAUGUCGUGCAAAACACACCGUGAAUGGGCUCGUGAUGUGAAGGGCAUUACCGAACCUGAGAUGAUCAUCCCUGUGACGGCACACGCUGCGUUCGAUAAGGCAGGCAAAUACUUUGGCAUCAAGAUUCAUCACAUCCCCGUCGAUCCCUAUACCCGCCAAGUGGAUAUUAGACAUGUUCGUCGUGCCAUUAACUCAAACACUAUUAUGUUGGUCGGCUCAGCUGUCAAUUUUCCUGAUGGCUGUAUGGACGAUAUCGAAGCACUGGGUGCACUGGCAAGAAAAUAUCGUGUAGGAUUGCACGUAGAUUGUUGCCUAGGUUCCUUUAUCGUACCAUUCCUCGAGAAAUUAGGGUAUGAUGCCCCACGAUUCGAUUUCCGUGUGGAGGGCGUGACCGCAAUUUCGUGUGACACGCACAAAUAUGGCUUUGCUCCUAAAGGGUCCUCAGUUAUCAUGUAUCGUUCCGCUGACUUGAGACGCUAUCAAUACUAUCUUAACCCUACCUGGACUGGUGGCGUGUAUGCAUCGCCAUCCAUGUCAGGUUCGAGGCCCGGGUCCCUCAUCGCUGGUGCAUGGGCAGCUAUGCAAUAUAUGGGUCAAAGCGGCUACGAGGCAUCCUGCCAUGACAUUGUUGAAUGCCGCAGGAAGAUCGAGAAUGCGAUUCGGCAGGAUAUUCCUGAACUCCGUGUUUUAGGGAAACCAGUUGCAUCAGUUGUAGCCUUUGCUGCUGCGGAGACACCUGAAGGCGAGAAGCUCAAUGUUCUCGAAGUCGGUGACCUGAUGAGCCAUCGUGGAUGGCAUUUGAAUGCGCUUAGUAAUCCGGCGGCCGUGCAUAUAGCUUGCACGCGUCUGACCGUACCUAUGGCCGAUCAGUUCAUAGCUGAUCUGAAAGACUGUAUUGCUGAGGCGCAUGGCAAACCGGCAGGAAAGGGGAAUAUGGUGGCAUUGUAUGGUCUCGGUAACUCGAGUGCUGUCGGACCGGCUUUAGUGUCGAGGCUUGCAACCAUGUUUUUGGAUACACUGUACAAGGCAUAA